GGGGAUCUGGGAAGAAGAUGGAGGCUGUACCUGCAGGAGAAGAUGCCUGAGGACCUGAGAUCUUCGCUGGAGCCUGCUGGAUCCUUGCUCUGAAAGACCAAAAAAAAGACCUUUGGGAAAAUCUCAGUUUAGGUGUCAAAGACAACAUCUGUUUUGUAUCCAGAGGAACUCGCUUAUACAGAAUCAGCUUUUUCAUCAUUUAACUUGAAGCCCACUUGUCAGCUUUGGCGUAAAGACAAGGUCAAGAUCAGCAGAGCUAUCUCAUAUGCACAGACAGCAGAGGAUUUAAAUACAGCUGUGUUGUAUGCCUAUGUAAGGUUCUGAAGUACCUUAUUUAUCAUGGCGAGUGGGGACCAGAACCUCUCUUCCCCAACUUGCCAAGGACCAUUCCAUGUAUUUUGCCAAGAGAAGACUAAUUGCCGCUGCCAUUCCCUCUCAAAAAGCUCUUCUGCUCUUCCAAGCAGUGGUGUUGGGGGUCUACAAAAGAAACCAGUGAUUCAUAAAAGCCUUAACAGCAUUAAUGACAUGGCCAAGGGUAAUGAGAAGAGUAAUGUUCAGCAGUCACAUAGUUCUGAGUGGUCUACUAGCAAGGAUUGUCCUCCAGAUCCUAAUCUUGAGAAAUCUGACUGUAAUCACCUUUCUGUUGGUCACUUGCAAGAAAAGAUUUAUCAGAAAAUUCACUAUCGCUCAGCUGAAUCUUCCUUAGCAACAUCAGAACAAGAGGUUACAAAGGGCUUUGUCAGAUACAAUGUCUCAGAAAAUGUUUCUUUAUUAGGUCACUCAGAAAUUUUAAUGUGUAAAGCUGACAGCAUGGAUACACUUGACUUACCAGGCACCAUUGUCCAAAAGAGUUAUUCAGAUUACUUUGGUGGAAGGAGAAUCUCGGUGCCUCAUUCUGUAAGAGAAAACAUCCCAAUCAGUGCCACCUGCUCCAAUCUCUCAGCUUGUAGCAGCAUUUCUGGGUCCGGCAGCGAUAGGACUUGUACUCUAAGUAUUAUUACCCAAGACUCUGGGAUUGUUCACUCUCCAUCAAAUGUACAUAACAAUUUGUCAGAUGCGUUUUUUGAAAAGGAGCAAACGAUUCCAUUGAGUCAUUUGGACAGCAGUACAAUUCAGAACAACAUCACAGUGUAUACAGUGCCAGGUUCAUAUCAACACGGAACACUGGGAUCGAGAAAUUCUGGGAAGGGGUUUCCAAAUAAUGACUAUGUGUAUUGUCAGCCACGCUAUAGUAUUCCAGGUAUUAUGUCUUGUGACAACAUCUCAGAAACAAAACUCUCGCCACCAGCUAUGAUUAUCCAUAACAGUUGUUCUGUUCAUUGUAGCAAAGGCCAUGAACCAUUGAUGAAAGUUGAUGACACCAUUGCUGCAUAUUGCCACUCCUUGCCCAUACCAUCUAUUCAGUAUUCAUCUGGAUUGGUGCAUUCGCUUGGUGAACCAGUUUUAAGGCAAACUUUACCACAAUACUGUACUCAAUUUUCACAUCCUGAUAAAUUUUCAUUUCCGAAGCUAGUAUCAUCAGUAAGUGAAUCUGGACUGGAUACUAAAAAGCUAAUACGAUGUGGUCGACUUGCCUUUCCACCACCUCCUGUCUCAAUUGGAGAAAUGAAUUGUCUCGCUUCUGAAAUUAAUACCAGUGAUUUACUACUCAAAACAGUUGAAACCCCAUUAGAUGUCUUGGAAAUCCCAGAUUCUUGCGCGAAGACAAAAGAUACUUGGACAAUGACGUCAAAAAACUUUUUAUCCCUAGGCCAAAAAAACUCCCUUAGCUGCAAAGAUGCAGAAGUACAGUGUGUGAUUAUUAUGGAAAGCAAGGCCGUUUCAACCACUUUCAUUCAGAGCAGUAGCCACUCUCACUUGUUUCCGGAUGUUGGUCUAGGAAUUAGCCUCCAAUGUCCUCAGACACCAGUGCGAGAGGUUAGAUAUGAUGAAGAAGGAAUGACAUGGGAGGUUUAUGGAGCUGCAGUGGACCCUGAGGUUCUUGGCUUAGCUAUUCAGAAGCAUUUAGAGAUCCAGAUAGAACAAAACACACAACCUUCUGAACAGUCAGGAGAAAUAGAGCAACCAAAUAGACAGAAGCGGAGGUCUAUCAGAACUGUUAUGCAAUGCUUGAGACAAUCCAACUGCUGUGUAUGCAAUACCACUACAACCGAUUGACACUGGAGAACAUGAAAUACUGACAUUGAUCUUCAAGCAUGCACUCUAUUACUUGCAGCACGUAGGCCCUAUUGCCUGUUACUUGAAGUAGCUGAUAGAAAGCCAUAAUUUAUCUCAUUUAUUUUUGUAAUGUGCAAAAGUCCAACAGGCUACAUGUCAUGCUGGAUACAGAAAUGCAGUUUUUGAUGCAGUACUAUGAGCCUAAGGGCUAAAGCACACAUACAUUGAGCCUGCAUAGCAGUGCAUAAGAGACUUAUGGCUUUUUAUUAAGGUGUUAAAAUGAAGGUUAAUAAAGGCCAGUGAUCAUAAGGGGAGCAACAUGAUAUUCAUGCAAUAACUCAUAUGUGAAAUAAGACAGUAGAAGGGAAUGAUAACAUAACGUUACAAUCAG